GGUGGCCAAGCUGGAUACACGUGGUUCUGAGUGCGGAACAUCUCCUGUAGAACCACCACAGCUUGGCUCCAUCCCCGAGGAACAGUAUGUGAGCGAGGCGGUGGAACCCGAGCCCACGCCGGAACAGGGCUACCGGGACGCAGAGACCAUCACUGAUGUGUGUAACAGCACAGAGCUUGACGAGGUGGAGAUCAUCAGUCUUCUGGAGGAGCAGCUGCCCGUGUACCGCCUGCGUGCCGACACGGUGUACGGCUAUGACCACGACGACUGGAUCCACACGCCCGUCAUCUCUCCGCAGGCUCACAUCGAACUGACCGUGGAGCAGAUUGAGGAGACCCUCAGCUACUUCUUGCUAUGUGCUGACAGGGUGGGCCAGAUGACUAAGACCUACAGUGACAUUGAUGCUGUCACCCGACUACUUGAAGAGAAAGAGCGAGAUCUGGAGUUGGCCGCUAAGAUUGGCCAGUCCCUCCUGAAGAAGAACCGCCGACUCACAGAGCAGAAUGACUACCUGGAGGAACAGGUGCUGCUCAUACGAGAGGAGGUCGCUCAGCUGCAUCAUGAGUUGAACCUGAAGGAUGAGCUCCUGCAGUUUUACACCAGUGCUGCAGAUGAGAGCGAAGAGGAGGGCGGCUCACCCAGUGGGCGUGGCCGGCUGGGACUGUCCGCUCGGAGUGGCUCCGGCCUCGACGUCCUACAGAGGAAACUCCUCGAGCUGGAGGACGAGAAUCUGUCACUCAAAACAGAGGCGACCUACCUGAAGACAGAGACAGAAACAUACGAAGAGAAGGAACAGCAGUUGGUCCAGGACUGUGUGAAGGAGCUAAAGCAAUCCAGCCUCCAGAUCUCCACCAUAGCUGAGGAGUUGGCCAAGAAGACUGACGAUGCCUCUCGUCAGCAGGAGGAGAUCACCUACCUGCUGUCUCAGAUCGUCGACCUGCAGAGGAAAGCAAAGACGUAUGCAGUGGAAAAUGAGGAGAUGAAUCAGCACCUGAAUGCAGCUAAAGAGGCCCAGAGACAGCUGACCUCUGAAUUGCAGGACCUGGAUGAGAAGUAUAUUGAGUGUAUAGAGAUGCUCCACGAAGCGCAGGAGGAGCUGAAGAAUCUGAGGAACAGGAGUGUGUCUGCAGGAACCCCACGCAGAUUCAACCCGCAGGGGACCUUUCCCAUGGACUCACUGGCAGCAGAGAUUGAGGGAAGCAUGAGAAAAGAGAUGAGCCAGGAUGACCCAGAUUGUAAAGAGCAGAAGCUGCAUCAGAGGAGGGUGUUUGAAGCCGUGAAGAACAUCAAUCAGACCGUCCGACAGCGCAGCCCAGCCCCGCCCUUCUCUAACAUCCCAGGGUCCAAUCAGAUGCUGUCCCCUCUAAGCUCCGCCUUCUCUAGUGGGAUGGCCACACCUCAGUCCAACCUCAGCGAAUCGAAGAUGAGUGGCAGCACCGUUGCCCUUGACAACCGCACGCAGAGUCUCCUUCAGGAGGGACUGUCCACUCCACUCAGCGGCAUGGACACCCCUGAGAAGCGCACGAGCUCCGAGGACCUGAAGCUGGCGCUGCGGCGGCUGUCUCUGCGGCGGCAGAACUGCCUGAGCGAGCGGCGCUUCUUCGAGGGGGAGCGUGAGCGCGAGCGGGGGGUCUACCUGUACGACGGCCCCCACUACGUCAACGGCCUGGUGCACAGCGACAGCAUCAUGUCCCUGGGCUCGCACAUGUCCUGGGCCAGCCGCCCCUACCUGCCAGACAAGCUCCAGAUCGUCAAGCCCUUAGAAGGCUCCAUCACCCUGCAGCAUUGGCAGGAGCUGGCUCAGCCCCAUCUGGGCGGGAUCCUGGACCCCCGCCCGGGCGUGGUCACUAAGGGCUUCCGCCCGCUAAACCUCGACCUGGAGGAGGUGUAUCACUACGGCGACUACGAGGAGGACGAGCCGGGGGAGCAGUACUUCCAGAACCUUCCGACCUCUUCCACGCCCGUCCCUGCUUAUAGCUACGCAACAUCCACACAGUGUAGCACAUCAGCAUCCACACAUUAUACCACUACAACAUCCACACAUUAUAGCACUACAGCAUCCACACAUUAUAGCACGACAACAUCCACGCAUCAUAGCACUACAACAUCCCCCUCCCCCUGUCUGAGUACCGGACAAGUCCUCAACACAGACUUCUCAGUGUAUUAUCCUGGCAAGUGCAUGGCGCACACCAGCUCCACCUACACCUUCACAACCUGUCGAAUUCUUCACCCGUCUGAUGAGCUGACGAGAGUCACGCCAAGUUUGAACCCCGGCCCCACUUCCUCCUUGGGGCCGGCCAGCAGCCUGCGCUCCACCCCCGCGGUCACGCCCUGUACGCCGCGCCGCAUGAGUCUCUCCCAGUCGCAGUCCUUCACCAACCUGCGCGACCCCACCAAGACCUUCAGCACCUCCCUGGGCCUAGUGCGGCUCAUGCAGGAGCGCGGGAUCUCUGCGGCCGUCUACCAGCACCACAGCUGGGACCGCAGCACCGCAGGGGUGGGGGGGGGGGUCCUCUUCAGCACCUCCGUGGCCCCCCCCAGCGCCGCCGCCGUGGACCCCCAGAGGCCCUCCACGCCGCCCAACUCCCCCGUGCACGGCACUCAGAGCCCCGGGUCUCGGGCGGAGCAGGAGGCGGCGGCGGCGGCGGAUGACUUCUCCUUCAAGAGCCCGUCCAACGAGAACUUCCUGGCCUCGCGCCCCGCGCGCUCCAUCCUCAUGGAGGUGGCCGCCGGCAGGGGGGGGACGGACGCGCGAGACUGCGAGUGCCAGACGGAGGUCAGCGUCAACAACCUCAACCUGGUGGACAAGCUCAAGCGUCUGGGCCUGGCGAGCCCUGGCAGAGGCCAGUCCAGGGGCCACACGCCCAUCUUGGGGGCCCUCGGGGGGCACCGGAGGCCCGGCUCGCCCUUCUCUCUGAACGAGGGGAUGCGGAGGAACCGCAGCUACCCGGUGAUGGUGGGGGCCAGCAUGGCCAUGAAGGGCCCGGGGCCCCAGGACCAGGAGGUGCCGCUGGAGGAGCCCAAACUGCCCAAACAGAGCAGCCUGAAGUAAACAACACGUCCACAUCCACGAGGUCUUCUUUAGUAAACAACGCGUCCACAUCCACGAGGUCUUCUCUCGUAAACAACACGUCCACGUGGACUUCUCUAGUAAAUGAAAAUCCCGGCUAACACGGCAUGCAUAUACUCAUAGUCCUGUACAGAAUAUCCACUACGAAGCCUUUACCCAUCGUCCCUCACAGAACACCUGGAUGAAGCCUUUACCCAAACUCACUCACAGAACACCUUCAUAAAGCCUUUACCCAAAGUCCUGUAUAGAUCAACUGCCCUACAGUUCACCCUCAGCCUAUAUCCAAGCCUAUCUAUAUACAGAACAAUUACACAUGUCUUACACACGGUUAUAUAAAGAAAAAUACAUUACCCACACACACACACCCACACACACAUACACACACUCUCACACACACACACACACACACACAC